CUACCUAGUCCAAUCACUAAUUCACCAUAAAUUUGAUUCGAGCCAAGGCCCAUGGACCAAAAAUCAAAUGCUCUGUAAAAUGGCGACACCUCUACUUCCUUUCUUCAUCUUUUCUUUCUUCUCCAUUUCUUCUGCCGCUCAGUCAACCGGUUCUCUGCCUCAAACUGCUCCAAAAUCCCUAUCCAUCGGCUAUAUUCAGAAAGCGGGAGAUUGCAAUUACAGGGUUAAUAUAACAACAAGCUGUUCAUCUCCUUUCCAUAUUAGUGCCGAAAUCGGCGUUUUGUUUGGUGACGCUCAUGGAAAUCAGAUAUAUGAGCCAAAGCUAGAAGUUGAAAGCAAGAAUGCAUUUGCAAAGUGCAGCAAAGACAUAUUUGAACUGAUAGGACCAUGCACAGACCAAAUAUGUUUCUUUUAUCUUUACAAAAGCGGCUCAGACAAUUGGAUACCAGAGACUGUAGAAAUCUCCAGCCCUGAUAUUGACACUGCUAAAUACAAAUACAACUCCUCAAUCCCAAAUGACACAUGGUAUGGCUUUGACGACUGCCAAUACUUUCCGUCACCAUCACCGCCACCGCCUCCACCAGUCCCCUCCGCCGCCUGCCGCGUGCCCAGGUGGAAAUGGCUUGCUUCUGUGAUCCCUUUGCUUCUCAGCAGCGCUGUGCUGUAAAUGUGAUGCUCAUUCUGUAUCUUGGCCGUUGGCUUGGUGGGUUAGAUGUAUUUUUUUUAAAAUUUUGAUCCACCGCUCUAUCAGUAUUUUCAUUGUGUUUUUUACUCUUUAUAUGAUGAUGUAUGUAGAAUCGGAUUU